GCAUAUUUCCUGGGGAAAAGCAUCUGCAAAAGAGCAUCUUUUCUUCAUCUUCUCUUUUUAAAAUUUGAAGAAAGGCACAAUAAAACCCUAAAUAAAAUUUCCCCCAUUUACCAGCUGCCUCAUUUUUGUUCGAUUCUCCUUCCGCCGAGUAAAACGCCGUUACUGAAUCAUGAGGGGACGCAAACGCGCCGCUGUUUCCGAAUCGUUUCCCGAAGCCAACCAAUCUCCCUUUAAGAAUGCAAAACCAGUGGAAGGAACCUUGUUUGGUACUACUCAGCAUAGUUCGGCGUCAUUGGAUAAACAGAGAGCUGAGUUAGCUAGGAAGCAUGUCAGAGCUGUUAAUAAUCAAUUUGUAAGUUGGGUGCAAAUGCAGCUGAAGAAUCAUCCUGAUGAACUCUGGGAAGAUGGGAUGAAUGACUACAUUAGCCAUGCUUCCAACAUUCUGGAAAAGUUUAAAGAUGUUGUCAACUGGCUAAAACAAAGUAAGGGAAGGGGGGAUAAUGUAUCCCCUGAAUCUACUGGAGCAGAGAAGAAACAGGUGGGUGAAGUCGAGAAUAACUACGUUAAACCAGCUUCAAAUAACAGCCUCUUUGCUUCAAACACUCAACCUGGCAUCUUCUCCACCAAUCAAUCUUCCAAUUUUUCCAGCAGUCCAUUUGGUUUAGCAUCCAAUAGUCAAACUGGAUCUUUUAGUAGUGGCCAGUUUGGUCUAGCCAAAAGCAAUAGCCAACCUUCUUUCUCAUUUUCUAAUAAUCAAAAUCCUUUUUCAUCCGGAGUUACUCCAGUUUCCAUACCUACAAAGCGGGAUUCCCCAGAAGAUGCAGACGGUGAAGAUGAAGAACCUCAACCGAGCAGCCCAUCUGUCAGAAAGACCGAAGAGAAGGGUGUUACUGUGGUCCAUGAAGUCAAAUGCAAACUUUAUGUCAAGUCAAAUGACCCAACAGAUAAAGGUGCAUGGAAAGAUAAAGGAACUGGGAAUCUCUGCAUAAAAUGCAAAGAAGGCGUCGACAAGGGGACAAAAGAAUCUAAACCCACAAUCCUUGUCCGAAACGAUGUCGGGAAGCUGCUUCUUAAUGCUCUACUGUACGCUGGAAUCAAGACGAGUGCACAGAAGAACGCACUUGUUGCAAUAUUUCACUCCUCGGAGGAUUCCAACGAGAAUGUAACACCUAGAACCUUUCUGAUAAGGACAAAGACAGCAGAGGCUAGGGAUAAGUUAGCAACAGCCAUCCAAGAAUACGCACCUUCUUCAUAAAAAUGCCCUAACCCUUUUUAUAUCUUGUGGAGCCAUCCACUAUAUUUUUGUUCUCCCUUGAUCUGUAAUACUAGGACUGGUCUUAAGAUUAACACAAGGCUUGAUAAGGGGAUGAUAAGAUUGUUGUAUUGAUUGAGAGAAAGAGCCAAAGUUACUUAAAUUUAUAUACAUUAA